CAAAUAUAUCGGUAUCGAAUCUCUGGACAGAUAUGUCAGUCAAAAAAGUGUGUAAAUAAAACAAAGAAAGGGAAUAUAAAUAAAGAAAGAAAAUAUCGGCAUCAGGCGUAAAGUACUUACUGCCCCCCACCCCACCACAAUACACACCCCCGUUCCCUACGGAGAUCAGAGAUCGAGCAGCGGACGCAGUGCGGCGACAGCCCAAACAAGCAACUAGUGUCGAGUUACCAAGUGUCCAGUGUCCAGCUCGCCAUCUCCAUAUCUCUAUGGUGUCGCCAGCAACAUGAACCUGGAAUCUCUGUUCCGCGACUUUAAUCCCUGCAAAUUCAUUGUCCACUGCAGCCUGUUCACCUUUGUCACGCUUUUCGCCUUGCGUCUAGACAACUUCAUAGAUUGGCCCUACUGGGCGAUUUUUACACCGCUAUGGAUAUGGAAGUGCACCGCCAUCCUUGGUGCAAUCGUGGGCGCCAUCGUGUGGUGCCGAUAUCCCCAUUAUCGCCUCGAGGGCGACGCCUACACACAGUUCAAGGCGAUGCUUAUCUCUUUGGCACUGCACCUGAUCCUAUUGAUGUUCGAACUGUUGGCCUGCGAUAAGCUAACGUCGGAUCGCCACCUUUGGGUACUCGUCUUCAUCCCGCUGAUCUUUGGCUCGGUGGUUAGUGUGGGCGCCUGCGUGUGGGCCGUCAAGCACGAUCGCUCCUUUGAACUGGAGCUUUUCCUGGCGGUCAAUGCGCUUCAAUUUGUCUCGUUGCCGCUAAAGCUGGAUCGCUUUGUCUACUGGAACUGGGACGUAGUGUUUGUGCCUAUGUGGAUAGUUAUUUGCCUGAGCUUGGUCAGUGUUUUGUACAACAUUAUCUUCUGCGGCAUCAUGAUGCGUACGCCGGAGGUGUCCCUGCAGCAGAAGAAGGCGGCGUUAAACGCAGCAGUGGGCAACAUUUGCACUGUGCUUCCACUGCUCUGUUUUCAGGUUGUCAUUUGUGACAAGUUGGACGGUGAGCUAAAGUUCCCAUACAUUGUGGUCUUCUCGCCGCUACUGGUCUCCAUACUUGCGCUCAUUAUCCUGAGUUUUACGGCAAAGGGCGGCAACAUGUGGUGGUUUGGCAUUCGCAAGUCCUUCAGUCAGUUCCUGUUAUCCGCGAUGCCGUUCCUGCAGGAGUACGGUAACAUUAGCUAUCACCCGGAAACGCACAGCAAUGCCGCUCAGUCCAUGCCACUGGAUGCCACGUCCUCAUCGACAAGCAUGGCUGCUAGCGAACAGCUGCACGAAUUUGGAAAGCAUGACAAGAAGGGCAAGAAGGGGGCCAAGAAUGAUAUCCUUAAACCAGUGGUGCCGUUCGUCAGCAUCGAUCUGCCGGACUAGAUAUAUAGAGAGACAGACAGCAGUGCACAGGAAGAAGAGUAACAGCAACAAUAAAUAGCAAGAACCACGUAGAUCUAAGGACAGCCUCUCAGCACGCGCACACCGAGAUGCCGCACAUCUAUGUUCAGGUGUUUAUAUUAAGCAUACCAUACCCAAAAACAUAAAAACACACACACACACACACAUCGGCCCGUAGCUUUUAGACUCGUACUGAAUUUUAAUUGUAAGCCAAGUGCUAAUACCGCCCACAACCCAUGCCUCCUCCAUCUACUUCCAUCUUCCCUCGCAUUCGCCUUCAUAUAAUACCUACACAUAUAUACUGGCCCUGACUUUACACUAUAUAUAUAUAUAUUAUUGUUCAAAUUGUAUACAAAACCCCAACCUAGACCCAAUUCGGAUCUCACCUUGACCACUAGUUUCUUUUACAUUUUAAACAAACAAAAAUCACAAAACCUUUGACUUUUGGCCUUAUAUAUAUGUGCUAGUAUUAUAUGUUACAUCCCUCACAGUCUGAGAAAUAUCUUAUGUGUAAUGCCCUAUGAUAAAUUGUAAAUAAUUUACAAACUACAUGAAAACAAGAAAUAUACUUAAGUGCUUCCAAAAACAAAA